AUGCUACAUGAAGUGUACGCUCCUCGCACCGUGGCGGAUGUGGCUUGGAGUCGGCAGAAGACCGUGGCACUGUCUGCUGUAAUCCAGCAGGCACGCGGCAGAGACAAGGCUUUGUCGAGUGCAGCACCGCACAUUGUUCUCCUCUACGGACCUCCUGGCUGCGGCAAGCUUGAAACCUUAAAGGUACUACUGCGCGAGGAUGCACUGGUGGAUGCUCCUGUGCCCAUGACCCACAACACGUCUCGUGUCAGCCCAGGUGCAACAUUGCAGUUGGCCCAGUGCCAUAACACGUCCUUUCACAUCUUUCACACAUGCGAGGCCACCGUGCCUGCUUAUGCGCAAUACUUGCAUAGCGUUGUUUCCUAUUGUCGAGGCCAGCUGGGUGGCGGCGAGCUGCAGCUGCCGUCUCUCACCGAAUCACCGGCAAGCUGCAUGAGCAGCGGCGUCUGCGGCAGCUCUGCGGACAGCCGAGCUGGCACCAUGGCAGGAAGUGCAGGGUCGACAGAGUUGCCGACAAAUCAUGCGCACAUCAUCAAGUUCUACGGUGAGCCCGCCUCCCACGCGCUGCAUCGUUGCACGCUCUUGUUCCUCAGAGAGUACGAGGAGCUGCGCGCCAUGGCUCAGCACGAAGAGCAGGAGCAGGGUCUACUCCUUUCAUCUGACACACGUGUGAGCAGGCGAGUGUGUCUGAUGCAGCAUCUUCGCCGCAACCUCAUCUUUUUCCUUCAUACCACACAUGACACACACAACGAUAAGCUUGACCUGAGCACAUCCUUCCCGUCCACGCUGCUCCAAAGCCCCGCGGUGGAGCUGUUUCAUUGCACACCGAUAACGGAGAUUAACCUGCGCAAGCGACUGCAGAGCAUUUUGGAUGUAGAGUUGCGGCGGCGUGCGCAGAAGCGGCGGUGGGCAGCGAGCACGGCAGGGAUGGGCUGUUUUGAGAAUUCUCUGUCUUCAUCGUACACCGCGCUACCGUCUGCGUCUCUCACGAGCGCUCGGCUUACCACAAAGGCGAAGCGAAAGGUGUCCACGCCCACAUCUGCGACUGCGACUGCUUGCACCGCAUCCCCGAGUAUUGAUCUCAUGGACCCAGAGACGUUGAACGCCAUCGUGGCGGGCAGCCAGGGUGACAUCCGCCAAGCCCUCCUGCAAGUACAGUGGUCGUGCCUAAUGCCUGCGUCGAACUCACUAGCCCCGGCAGCACACCAGAGUGGUGAGUCAGUUGAAGGAGCAUGGGCCCAUUCAGCGCAAGCUGCCGCGGCGAUCUGGAUGAGGCUGGAAAAACAGCGAUUGGCGGCCCGCCAGAGUGUUGCGGCAGCCAGCGCCGCUGUCGCUGACACUCGCGUGCUCUCGCUGAGUGGUACCGCGGACGUCGGAAUGAGCGUCUAUGCUUUGCACUCGACGCUGUGUGUAUCUCCCACUACACCGGCUUCGAAAGCCUCCGGAGUGGCGCACUGCGAAGGCAAGGAUGGAGACGGCGAGAUCGACAGCGAGCGUGAGAGUGACAUUGUAGAGGAAGUAAGCUCUAAGGACUCUGGCGAGACGGGCCAUAUAUUUUCUUCCUCCGAAUGCACCAGCUUUCCUGCACCGCAGACAUCCCGCAAUGGCGACGGCCAAACGCGUGCCAAUGUAGGCGGUGCAGCCUCCCGCAAACGGCCUCGCCAGUCGUCGUCGCCACCCGCUAUGAACAUGCUGUCACUGCUUGAUUCCCAGAUGGAACGCAUGCAGGCAAUGGCCCAUGUGGAUGGCCAAACAAGACGCGGCCUAAAAAGCAGGGCGGGCCGUGUUGCACAUCGAGGCGCGGCACCUCCGGCGGCUGCGGCUGAGUCACAGCAACGUCGCGUCCUUCCGAUGACGAGGGACGAGUACCUCGGCCUCUCUCACGCCAUCGGCCGGUUGCUCACACAGAAGUACUGUAUCGAUGAGGUGCUGGACACUUUAAAUGUGCCACCGCGCAAGAUACUGGACUACCUGACGAACAACCAAAUUCGCUACUUUGGCGAUGAUCAGCUGCCGCAGUACGCGCGCUGCAUCGACGCCGCGAGUGACGCAGACGCGUUGCGGGCCUCGGAGCUGAGUGGUAGCUUUGCUGGCGUGCCGAAUGCCACUGCGCUGCGUGAGCGCCGUCAGCUGGCCGACCGCACCACCGCUGGCGAGAACCUCGGCAACACAGGACGAUUACUGGAGUUCAUUGCGCUUCAGCUAUUUCACCUCACGUACCGCGCGAUUCAGACCGAGGUGCGCCCGCCGCCCGGCUUCGUCGCGCAGGAGCCACCGCCAUACCUUCGUCUGGCGUACCCGCGCCUCCGCGACAUUUCUUACAGCGCGAUGUCCUAUUCGAUGCGCAGAGGGGAGGAUCGCACUGAAGCAGAUCCCGCUGCCUACCUUAGUGAGCGGGAGUGGGUCCAGCAGGCCCUCGCGCGGCUCGAGAGUGUGCCUGCAGUGAGCGCCCGUGGAUCUUCUGCAAGCUACGGCAGCGACAGUAACCGACGACGCCGCUUCGACGCCGGUGCUGGCGGCGGCUCAUCGCAUGCUACGCUCACACCACGUAUCCAGACGGACGAGGUGGAUGUUUUGCGUGAGGGGUUGCCUGACCUGCUGUACCGCUGCGGCAGCACCGAGGCUGUGCUGCUCGACUACUACGCCCUAGCUCCUUAUAUUCUGCUCACCGUGACCCCUCCGCUUCCGCUACAGCCGUCCCAUGCGGAACGCGUUCCGGCCUCUGCUGCGUUGGCGUCGCGGUCGCAAGCGUGUGAAGAGGCGAACACGACGGCGCAGAGCCGUGGCGUCCACAUUGCGCCAGACGCACCGUCCCUGCCAUCAUGCUCACCCGGCGCAUCUACGACGCCUACCACGGCACCCCGUCGUACGGUAUUUCGAUUCACAUCGUCGCCCUUGUCAGCGUUGGUGCCGGCAAUGGCGUCGCCCUCUGCUCACUCGGUGCCCACGAGGCCGUGCCUGCGCCCCUGCACGCCCUUGCAGGUGGCGAUUCUGCAGCGUGGCCGCAAUCCUGCCACGGCUCAGCUGCGAAGCGACCUUUUUGUGUUGUCCACAGACGGCGUUGGUGACAGGACUGCCGGCGCUGCGACGGAGAGCAGUGCGGAGCGCCCGCUAAUCCCACACGGGGACGAGAUCGAAGACAUCGACGAGGACUAG